AUGGCGAGACUCACUGACGAUGCCGGCGAAACGUCUGGCAAAGUACCACGUCCACGACAAGACGAUCUCGUCUCUUCAGCCUUCACUCCGAGAGAACUCUUCAUUAAGUCCACCGGUGUCGAAUUGGCUAAACGGGAGGCUGGAGGUCUGCCGAAGCUCAGUCUCACCACAAUCGAACUCCAAUGGAUCCAAGUGCUGUCUGAGGGAUGGGCCAGCCCGUUGCGUGGCUUCAUGCGAGAACGGGAAUACCUGCAGUGCCUCUUCUUCGGCGGUCUCCUUCAAAGUGAGCAAAUUCGCGAAUGCGAAAUAGGGUUUCCAGAGUAA